UGUUUCUUAAAAUCCAUAACUUUAUAAAUACUUAUCGUUUAUGUCAAUUAUUUAAAACAUAACAUUCCACUAUCAUGUUACAGCUUUUUAUCACAUUAGAUUAUGAUCUAUAAGGAAUAGUCCUACCAUCAUGGGCUUUGUUCUGCAUGCAGCCUUCUAUCUUCUAUGUUCAGUGAUAUAGGCCUAUUUUUUUGCCAAACAUUUAGCUGAAAUGAAAGGUUUAGAUUAAUUAUAUUUGUAUACCAAGAUGACCACCAAAAAGAGAACCAAACUUUUUUAAAUCGUCCACAAUUGUUGCUAUUUUUUUAAAUCUCUUCAUUUGCCUUGGUGACGUUCCCUCGCCAUGUGAUCAGAGCUCUGGUAUAAAGCGUGAGGGAAGAUCCGCCCUCUUUAGGAUUCAGGUUUGGCCUUUUUCAGGUCUUUCCACUGACUAGCAUCCGGAUGUGCGGUAUUGAACAACGAAAAAAGCCCUAAAACAUAUGGUAGUGGCUGGAGAAAAGGGACAUCUAUUACCGCGGGCGUGCUCCUCUAACUCCGUCAUAUGAGUUGUCUUGGAAGAGGGCAGAGUAGCACGGGCAGUAUAUCCUCUUCCUAUCCGCCGUAGCUUCUGGGAGCGCACAGCACAGUGCAGCCUCUACACAGCCAGCGGUGAGCCAUGACUCUGAGCUCCGAGAUGUCGGAUGCCUCCAUCCUUUCGGAAGAGACAGACAUCGACGUGGUCGGCGAGGGGGAGGAUGGGGACAGCCAAACGCGCUCUUACGUAGACGAGGUGGCGCAGAUGCACGAUGACCUGCUGUCUGGCUCCCCGCCAUGCCUGGACAGCUCCUCGUCCCGGGAUCCUUACAAACCAGCCAGUAAGAACACCCUGGUGAAGCCCCCUUACUCCUACAUCGCCUUGAUCACUAUGUCAAUUCUUCAGAGCCCCAAGAAGCGGCUCACCCUCAGCGAAAUUUGCGAUUUCAUCAGCAACCGUUUCCCGUACUACCGGGAAAAGUUCCCCGCGUGGCAGAACUCGAUCCGACACAACUUGUCCCUGAAUGACUGUUUCGUCAAGAUACCGAGGGAACCGGGGAACCCCGGGAAGGGAAACUACUGGACCCUAGACCCGGAGUCCGCCGAUAUGUUCGAUAACGGCAGCUUUCUGAGACGACGGAAACGCUUUAAACGGCAGCAGCAGCAGGACUUUCUGCGGGAGCACAACAGUUUUAUCCCCGCCGCUGCGUACGGCUAUGGACCUUACGGCUGCGGCUACGGUAUCCAGCUGCAGUCCUACCACACACACUCUGCGAUUUUCGCGUUUCAGCAGCAACAGUCCAGGCAUUCACACACGGGGACCAUUAUUCCGGCACCGUCCUUAAUGCCCACCACUGACUUGGCCAGGAGCCGGUUCUAUCCCCAGCUCAGCCCCAGCCUGGCUUCACCCAUACAGACUGCAGCCAAGUCCAGCUCGCCUGUCCAGCGCUCUCCCUUCUCCAUUGAGAGUAUCAUUGGUGGGUCGCUGAGCCCUGCGCACUCUCAAUGUGCCUCGCGGACUUCUCCUCUUGUUCCAAUGUUAUCGUCCUCCCUCGCCCCACAGUCGCCCAACCAGUCGCAGAGCGUGCACCCAGGAACUGUUUUACACACGGUCGAGAACUUUCCCAACAGAAUUGUGAACGGUACUAGUGGCUGUUAAUUUCUAUAAACUAACUUCAAAGUUUUCAAGAAAUAUGAACAAAAACGCCCCUCUUUGAAGGUAGGAUUAUUUUCGUAUGUUUUUGUUGUUGUUGGGGUAACACGCAGCUGAAUGAUGGAUAUUUACACUAGGGCUUAUUCAUGCCUAUUCAUGCUGUAAAAAAUAUAUUAUAUUUAUGUUCAUAACAUUUUAGUGUCAAUCUAAUUUUCUCUCCACGAAAUGUUUCGUUGUUUAUGAAGUGAUUCGUUUAAGUCACUGUCUAGGGCGUCUCAGGAUCGACGUAAUGAAACAGCUUAUAAAUGAUCACGUCUAAAACAAUGUAUAUUGUGUCACACACACCAAUGUUUUUGUAGUUUGGCAAAUUGAAACAUUUUUACUGUUUUGAUUUGUGCUUUGUAUUGAAAAGACACAAAGAUGAAAGUAAUUCAUUUAUAUGCAGUGUGUGCUUAUUUCAGUAAUAAAACAUUGUACAUUC